AAAACUUUUUUUUUUUUUUAAGAGGGAGGUAUAGGGAGGAGGUGGAGGAGGUGUUUCUUCAAAUAGUGGAGCAGGUUUUAAAAACCCCUCAUUUCUCCUGGAGCUCGGCGGGGGCAGAAGCUCCCAGCAUGUACAACGUAAAACGAGAGGAGUGUUCUGCGCCUGCGUCAGUCUGCGCCGCGCCGGCGGGGGUUUGGUUUUAAUGUUUUUUUUUUUUUUUUUUUUAACGACACAACUUUUGGGAGCAAAAAUGUUUUCGAAACUUCCCGUCGUUCUAGUCUGUCUCGCUUUCUACCUGCAAGAAGGAAUAUCGCGGGAUUUUGAGGCAUUUCUGGGCAGGAGCCUUCAUUUACAGAGAGUAAAGCGUCAGAGCAAACCCCCCAAACCAGUGCUGAAGGUGACAGAUUACCACGUGAGGAGCACUGUGGUGUCCCGCUAUGCCGUCACUACCGUCCAGAGCUCGGUGUGGAACCAGCUCCCCGUUGUCAAGGAGGCGGCCUUUGAGGUGGACCUGCCCUCCUCCGCUUUCAUCUCCAACUUCACCAUCACCUCCAACGGUAAGGUGUACGUGGCCCAGGUGACGGAAAGAGCUACCGCCAGGAAAAUUUACGACGCUGCGAAGAAGCACGGAAAAACAGCCGGUCUGGUAGCAACCAAAGAGCGGGAAAUCGAGAAGUUUCGCGUUGCCGUGUCCGUGCCCUCGGGAACUCGGAUGUCCUUCCUUCUUGCGUAUGAAGAGCUGUUAAGUCGUCGACUUGGGCGUUACGAGCUCAGUUUGGGUCUGAGGCCCGGGCAGCUUGUGCAGAACCUCACCGUAGAUGUCAGAAUAUCAGAGAGGACUGGGAUUAGGUUCAUCAAAGUUCUUCCUCUGAAGACGAGCAGACUGAUUUCCAACAACAAUCCAGGAGAAAUGGACACCCCUGUUUCCUCCCAUGUGGAGAAGAGCGCCACAUGUGCUCGAGUUCAGUUUAGCCCGACUGUAAAGCAGCAAAGCAACAUUUCCUCUAAAGGCCUCAAUGCAGACUUCAUCAUACAGUAUGAUGUGGACCUCAAAGACCUCAUGGGUGACAUCCAGGUGUAUGAUGGUUACUUUGUUCAUUACUUUGCACCCAGAGGGCUUCCUGUGGUUCCCAAGGAUGUGAUAUUUGUCAUUGAUAUCAGUGGAUCCAUGAUAGGCAACAAGAUAAAGCAGACCAAACAAGCCAUGACCACCAUCCUUGGGGACCUUCGAGAAGGAGACCACUUCAACAUCAUCACCUUCUCAGACAAAGUUCAGACUUGGAAGAAAGGUCGAACGGUGCGAGCAACUCGGCAGAACGUACGGGAAGCCCAAGAGUUUGUGAGACGGAUUAUGGCAGAAGGAUGGACCAACAUCAACGCAGCUCUGCUUUCCGCUGCCCAGCUCCUCAACCCAUCUUCAUCCUCCGGUCGCCUCUUGUCUUCUCGUGUCCCUCUGGUUAUUUUUCUCACUGACGGAGAAGCAACCAUCGGAGUGACAUCAGGCGACAUCAUCCUGAACAAUGCCAGGAAAGCGCUGGGCUCCGCCUCUCUGUUCGGUCUCGCCUUUGGCGACGAUGCGGACUUACUUCUUCUGAAACGUCUGGCUCUGGAGAACGGCGGCGUGGCCCGGAUGGUGUACGAGGAUGCGGAUGCCGCCCUGCAGCUGAAGGGCUUCUAUGAUGAAGUGGCCAGUCCUUUGUUGUCAGACAUCCAGCUGUCCUACUUGGACGACCAGGCGUUUGACGUGACCCGUUCGAUGUUUCCAAACUACUUCCAGGGCUCGGAGUUGGUCGUGGCAGGAAGAGUCAGACCAGGAGUCCAAGACCUCAAGGUGUCGAUGUCAGCAACGGAUUUAAAGGAGGAGGUUAAGAUGGAAAACGAUGUGGAUGUUUCCCAUGAAAAGGGAAGUGGGAGUGAAGGCUCGCUGGACUGUUUAGAAGAUUUGGAGCGGAUCUCCAGCUUCGUCUAUCGUCUUUGGGCUUAUUUUACCAUCAGGGAGCUUUCUGUGGCCAAACUGAAUACUACUGAUCCUUCAGCGCAAAGGUUACUGACAGAAAAAGCCACUAACCUCUCUCUUAAAUAUAACUUUGUAACACCGUUCACCUCUCUAGUUGUUGUUAAACCAGACGCAGAAGAACCAACCACAACUCCACCUUUGGCAAAUCCCACAACUACAGCCGCAACUACCACCCACAAACCUGCAGCUUUUUUAAGAAAACACAGAUUACAAUCUAAACAUUCCCAGUCAACUCCAAAUAUCCCCAAACCAAACAACACUUCAACUCCAACUUCCAAAGCAGAAACAAGAGUUUCACCAUCCAAGAAAACUGCAUCAUCGUCAAAUCCCAAUCCUAUCAAAGCUAUAAUGGCGGCCAUCUCUGGAAAAAUACCCCCUGCCUCCCAAAACAAAUCUAAAAACGCCUCUUCUUCUCCAGCGGGAAAGACGCCCAAAAGUCUUCCUCCAAAAACAGCCCACCUUCCUGCACCUGCCAAACUUUCCACACCUCUACCUGGCACCACCAAAACAACCACCCAGCAUCUGGAGACUUCCAGCACUUUAGCACCACCAACCACUGCACUCAGAACCUCAACGCCACAUUCCAGUUCUGUAAGGCCCACCCAGCCCACUGUCAAUAAAACAGAGGCUCCUGCUGGGGUAGAGAAUGCUGCCAAAUCAGCUCCAGACCAUUAUCCCCCUGAAACCAGUGCUGCUGCAUCCAAGCUGGAUCCUACACUCAGCUUUCCAUCAGAUCCUGAUAUGGAAGAGGACUCAGAAACAGACACACAGAUGGGCGUUCCCACGCUGGUGCCAGCUACUUUUGUUCCCAUGCCUGGAGUAACAAACGGCCCGCAUCCCUGGGAAACAGCUGAGCUUGUUGAUGACGAAACUUUAAUUCAUUUCCAAGGAAAAGAUUAUGACGCCAAUUUUGACUACGACUACAAUCUCAGCUAUGACGCCUGGGACGACACAGCCGACGGUGAUUCGUAUGUGCUUGGGAGUGAAGAGGACUGUCCUUUAGUUGAAUGUCUUGUGCUUUUAGAACCUCAGUCCAGUCCGAACUCCAUGGGGUUCCUCUCAUCAGUUGAUGGAGACCCUCACUUUGUGCUUCAGCUUCCAAGGCAGCGUCAGAGUCUGUGUUUCACAGUGGACGGCAGAGCCAAUGAUGUUCUCAGGCUGCUGGAGGACCCAGAGAAGGGGAUCAUCGUGGAUGGCCGCCUCCUCGGAGCUCCGUCCAAGCACGGAGUGGAGAGUCGUUCUCGGACUUACUUUGAUCAGCUCAUCAUCUCCUCGCCGGGCAGCUCUGGUGAAAUCACGGUCACCGUAUCGCUGGAUGUGGUGGCGGUGGAAGGGGAAGGACGGGACAGUCUUCCCCUCAACCAACAGGGAUCCAUCACAAGGCAGGGUGUGACGGUCACUGUGGACAACCACCAGGGCUGCUGGAUUGAGCUGGUCAAAGGUGUGCGCUUCCUGGUCCUCUUUCACCACUACAAACACCCCAGCUACCUCCAGAUGGCGCACUUGGGUUUUUACAUCACAAAUGGAUGGGGGCUUUCUGCUUCAACCCAAGGCCUCCUGGGGCAGUUUCAGCAUGCUGACAUAAGCAUCACAGAGAUGAAAACACACCCGGAUCACCCAGCUAACAAGGAUGGAACUGCGGUGAGGGGGGUCCUCAGGUGGGGGUCGGAGCAGAUGCUGGUAACCUUGCAGGACAAGAUGCUAAAAGACUCUCUGCAAAAGCGCCACCCUGGCAAAUGUUGGGUGGUGCCCAAAGCAGAGGUAGAAAGACUCCUGGGUCAUCCCUACGACAGCUACGUGGUGAAUCAUGUGUAACUGCAGCAGAGUCAACACCACCCAUGAAGGCUCUCUAGGUUAAAAAGAAGUGCCCCUCUUCAUGGACUGAGCCUACAAGCAACUCGUGACUGGAUUGAGGCUGCGGCGAAAAGACAAACUGGAUUUGAAUGCAUCACAAAGCUGCUUCGAUUGAUCAGACUGAAUUGCAUCUUCAAUCCAUCACUAACUGGAUUCACGCUCCCCAUCAGAAACAAGAGUUCCUCUGGUCUCCCGUGGCGACAGAACAUCCCCUUGAGCAUUUGCUUCAAAAUAUACCCCAGCUUUGAUGGGAAAUCUCUCUAAAAGAAGUCUUCUGAGUCUUCCUUUGUGGUUUCCUGGGUCUGAAACAUCUGUAAUAAUAAAAAACGUCCUUUGUAUAAAAAUCCUCCCAUAAAGACAACACAACACAGGGUCUUCGCCAUGUUUCCCAUGUGCUUUUUUUUUAUUUUUCUAUGGUUUCAUUCAUAGUUUAAUUCAUUGUAUUUGUUACACAAGACAUUAGGCAUUGUUCACAUACUAGUGAUCAAACAAGGACAGUAAGUUUUCUACUACUCAGCCUGAACUAGGUCUUUUGUCAGUUUCCAGGUAUAUUGUCAACAGUGGUUUUUAAAGGCGAUAUUGGAUUAAAUUAAAACAGUACAAGCACACACGAGCCCCCAGACCCCCCAUUUAAUAAAAUAACAGUAUCCAAUGCUGAGACAGGGGGUGGGGGUGGGGGUUAAACAUGAUCUCUGUUCCAGGGUUUCAGGAGUUUCCUGUUUUUCUACCAGGUAACAUGUUUACAGUAUGAAGAUGGAGUCCAACUGUUUUCCUCCAGCUGUUUGUUUUUUUCUUUUGUGAAAUAAAACAUAAAAUCAUGGAAUGACCACUACAUAACAGUAACAACACAGCAAAAAAUACACA